AUGGACCACAUCAAAGAUUUCGCAAGCAAGCAAGAGAAGAACGGCGAGGACAUUAUCUCCAGAGCUGAGGAUGGUGUCAAGCACGCCAAGGAGAAGCUAGGAGACGACGGCUACCAGAAGCUUGAGAACCAGGCGAAGAAGUUCACUGGCAACCGUCCUUGA